CUUCAUAAGCGCGCGUUAUGAGCCAUUCUCGAGUAUUUAUACGCCACUCAAUCGAUUCAAUCGUGUUGUUAUUAAACUGUUAUUUCUUUACUAUUUCUUGUAACUUUUACAGUUUAUGAAUUGUGAUAUCGUUUUAAAGUAAUCUGGAAUUGCGUUUCUAUCGAGUUUCUUGAACGAACUAAUAUUGAUGUGAUUUACUUAAUAUCGGAAGUGAGAAAAUGCUCUUGGCGAAGAAAUAAAAUGUGUCUAUCAGUGUGAAGUGUGUUUGGAAAGCCUUUUUUUUUUGUGUGUUUCGUUUAAAAUCUCUUCAAAGGAGUUUCUAAAGUAUUCUAAAGGACUAUUAUGCCAAGUAAAAAGAAGAAAUAUAACGCAAGGUUUCCCCCUGCACGGAUAAAAAAAAUAAUGCAAACUGAUGAAGAGAUUGGAAAAGUAGCCGCAGCAGUACCUGUUAUUAUCUCUAGAGCUUUAGAAUUGUUUGUUGAAUCUUUAGUGACGAAAGCAAGUCUAAUAACAAAGAGUAGAAAUGCCAAAACAUUGACACCAUCACACCUGAAAUCUUGUGUUCUAGCAGAUAGUAAUUUGGAAUUUCUGAGAGAAUUGGUCUCUUCUAUACCUGAUGUUCAAGGUGAAGAUGAACAAGGAAAUGCUUGUUUAUUAGAUGGAAAUUUAUCUGGUGGUGAAAUGCGUGAUACACAAUCAGUUAGGCAAAGGCGGCCAAAAGACAGAGGAAACAGUGAAGACAGUGCAGGUCCUAGCCAUUCAACAGCAGAUGAAUCCGAAACGUGGAGUGCCGAAGAAGAUGGAGAAGAGGAUUCUGAAGAUAGUACUAAGAACUGUUCUUCACAUCUUCCAAUUGUUUCAUCUUUACCACCAGCAACCAUUCCUCCUGUAUCAUGUAACAUUGCUUUUGCAUCCAAUUCAUCUCAUCAUUACAUGCCACAUCCUGUUCAGUGUAUAUCAAGUAGCAGUGCAGUUAGUGCAGAUGAUGACUACGAUUCUUGACAUUUCUGGACUGCAGAUUGUUGCAAUGAUUACAUUUUGGUCUACUAGUAUUGAGCCAAUCAGCUGCUAGUCUUGAAUUUCUCCGGAUUCAAGCCGAUUGGAUUGGGGGAAAACUGCUUGGUGAUUUAUCAGAACAGCUACAAGUUUUGCAGUUCUGCACAGUAGAAAUCAAAGUGUGUAGCGUAAUUGUUUCUUACUGUGUUGGAAGAGCCACUGUAAUUAAGCUGUCAUAAUGAUAAUAGCUCAGUGACUUGGAAAAUCAGUUUUAAAAUCCCUUUUAAGAAAUGCUCGAACUGAAGCUCUUUUGGCAGUGAGCCUAUGUUCAUUUGAAAAGUGAUGAAGAAAUAUUUUCAACUUGAUACAUGGAUACCAUUUUUCAUAUGUUAGUAUGUUGUAUAUUUGAGUUCCCAUAAAUUACUCAAGCACUCUAAAUUUCAACAUUAUUACAGAAGUUUUAAAGAUAAAAUUGAUUCCGAAGAUUUCGGACCCGAGAUUAUUGCAGUUGUGUUGUUUCUACACCUAUACUCUGGAAUAACAACACCCAACGUCAAAAAAUCAGUUUUUUUCAUAAAGCGGUCGUAAAGUUUCUUAAUCAUUCUCUGGUUCUAUUUAACUUUUACCCAACAGAUAUUGAAUAUUUCAUGAUAUUAAUGCUACAUUAGGAAUGUACACAUUAUUUUAGGUGUAUUUGAAUCGCAAACGACAUUGGUUGUUUUAGCUCUAAAUAAAAAUACUUAAGGACAUUUUUAGGACAUUGGUAAAUGUGAUUACUGUUAACUUACAUACCUGCCGACUCUACUGUUUUUUCCAGUAGUUUCCUGGAUUUUAAGUAUCUCUCUCAGUCUCCCGAUUUUCAUUAAAAGUCUACUGGAUUUCAAAAAUAUUUAGAAAAAAUGUCUAUAUUUGGGGAAUUUGAAGAAAAAACUCUUUUAUGUUGUAUUUGUAAAGAUUGCCCAAUUGUAGGUACUCCAAUGUUUGAAAGCUUCCUUCUAAAAUUCAAACUUAAGUACAUUGAAAUGUAGCAACAUUAUCAAUGCUUAUUAAGUUAAAUCAAAAAUAAGCUUUAACUGUAUAUUAAGCAUUAGUUUAACUUUUAAUCUUCUGUUUCAUGUUUCAAUUAAUAUUUUUAUGCGUUUGAUUUUACUUAAAGAGAUAAAAAAAUCUACUGGAUUUUUUCUUUGGAAGGUGGCAGGCAGGGUUGUUGCUGCACCACAUUGGUUGUUGUUUCACCGAAAAGUCAUUAUCUUUCUAGUUUUAUUAAAGUGAGUAAAGCAACAACGAUACUUUAUUAUACUAUACUGCAUUUAGCAACAUUGGUAUUUUAUAUUUAGCAAUGGACAAAUAUCAAAUAACACAAAAUUGGGAAAAUUUAUAGUUAAAAUUCUAGCCGAAAGUUUUUAUUUUUACAAAACCAUCGCAGUUGCUGCAAAUUUAUAAAGAAAAAAGGUAAUUUUAAACUUUUUAAAGGUAAAUUACAUUGUGAUUUUAGUGAAAAAGUUGAAGUUUUUCCACUAGCUGUAUUCAACUUAUUUUACCAAGUUUUAUUUUGGUUUUCUUACACUCUUGCAAACUUUUAAAAUUCAAAUUUUAUCCUAUAAAAAUGUUAUCUUAUAAAGAAAUUUCAGAUUUUAAAAGAUCACUGCAGCAAUAUAGAAAAACGUGUGCUCUAAAGAAAGACUUGAAGAAUGAAUUUUUAUUAGUCAAAACAGUCCCAUGAGUAUUGUGCGAUAAUCCUUGAUUGACUGUUCAAUUAUAAUAAGGUAUAGAGCAAAAAAAAAAAAAAAAAAGAUUGGGCAGAAAAUUCAGGGAUUUUAAAAAAGACAAGUGGCCUAAAACUUUACAUUGUAUAAAUGAAAUACCUCAUCACUGCAAAAGUUUCAGAAUUUAAGAAAUGUUUUGAAACUCUUUUUUGUUUUAUAUGUAGGUUUUCCAAAUGUGGUACUUUUAAAUGCUCAAUUUAUUGUCCUAUGUAGUUAAAUGCUUAGUCAUUUUGUCGAAAUAUGUUUUAAGUUCUGCCUGUUGGGAUAAAGCUAUGUAACUAUGUUUACAUUUUUUAAAAUACCUAUUUCUAAUUUCUGUAAUGUGUUGGAAUUUUUUCCUCAAUGCGAUUUCAUUCACUUCAUUUAUGUUAACUGUGAAAAGCAUAAUUUCAUUUGGUGUAAAAAAUUUGCAUUUUUUAAAAUGUGUCAUUGUAAGCAAGAAGUGUUACCUGAAUAAAGUUACCAAUUUUUCAC